AGAAUGGGACCAUAGGACAUAGAAUUAAGCAAUUUUUGAUUACAUUGAACUUAUGACAAUCAAGGCCAUUCAAAGUCUGAACGAAACAGAAAGAAUUGUGUCUCAUUUAUGUUCAAAUUUUGAAUUUUUUGGUAUUCUUAAAACUUAUUUCGACGAUCGCAGUUCAUAACCAUCAUAAUUGACAACAAUUCAUAAUCAGAAACAAUCGGGAAGCAAUCUCACAAUCGUCAAAAUGUCUACUACAUCACAGAAGCACAGAAACUUCGUGGCUGAGCCGAUGGGAGACAAACCUGUGACCGAACUAGCUGGUGUCGGAGAGGUGCUAGGAAAAAGAUUAGAGGCUGCAGGCUUUGAUAAGGCAUAUGUAGUCCUGGGACAGUACUUAGUGUUAAAGAAGAAUAAGGAGCUAUUUCAAGAAUGGAUGAAAGAUGCUUGUUCGGCGAAUGCGAAACAGUCAACAGAUUGUUAUCAAUGUCUCACUGAUUGGUGUGAAGAAUUUUUGUAAUUGUGAUAGAUUUGACUUAAAUAUUCUUAAAGAAACAAACUAUAAGUUUAAU